AUGAAGGGAGGAAGGCCAUCGUCGUCGUCACCGGCUUUCGGGCUCUUAUUAGUUGUUGUGAUUGUUCUUGGCAUGGGGGAGGUGAUCAAAAUGGGUGGUGCAGCCCCAAGUGCUGCCCAGUGCCAUGAGGAGAGGGCGCUUGCGGUUACUGCAUGCAUGCCGGUGGUGUUUGGUAAGCUUCCAACGCCACAGUGUUGCGAACGCGCAAGGGUCAGCCAUACUGAAUGCAUAUGCCCUGUCAUCACCCCCAAGGUUGCAGCCACCAUUCACGACAUCAACCGCGCCGUCCGCCUCAUUGAAGGGUGUGGUAGGAGGGUGCCUCGCCACUUCAAGUGUGGGAGCAUCACCACCCCAUGA